CUCAAAUCCUUCUCUUUCAAUUUCCUCAAAAAAUAUCCCAAACAUACUCUUAGGUUGUUUCCCGGUGGAGACAUAAGGGGCGCAGAGUGAAGGGAGGCUCUGUCUCAUCUCAAAUAUAAUCUAUUUUAAAUUAUUAGGGCAAAAGAAGUCGUGUCAAAAAAAAUCUUUGUACUUAUCAAGUCUAAUGUACCGUUUUGAAAGUCGUAACACAUCUGAUCUAAAUAAGAAAAAGUAAGUAUGCAUAAACAUUUUUUAUACAUUCUGUAGCUAUGUCUACAACAAAUUUAAUUACUAAUUAGUUCCACCCUGUCAAUCCGAGAGUAAUUUACGAUUCAUACAACGGCCUUUUCCCCUUUCUAGGGGUUUCUUCUGCCGAUCAAGUGCGGCUCACUUCUUUGGACGUCGUGCAGCGCCCUAUGGCAGAUAGGCGAUGAGGUAGGUCCGGCGCAAGACGGUUUGGAAAAGUUGAUCGGGCAGUGCGAUGGUUGGGAGUUCAGGACCGAGGAUGACAAUCUGGUACUCGAUGAGGAGGAUGAUGUGGGCCAUAUGCCCAUAUGGAGAUGAGUAACAGAGUCUAGAGUUUGAAAGAAGAUGAGUCAACGCUCAACUCUGUUUUUAGCGUGUUUUUAUUUUCUAGCAGAACUCUAGAAAUUAGGACAUGUGAUGAAAAGUCUUGUUUGUCAGUUAGUCAUUGACUCAGUUAAGCCCAUUUUUUUUAAAAAAAAUAAUCUGCUUACAUUAUGUUAUCUUAAUAUAAGCCAUUUUCGUGCAAAAAAGAGUCUAAUAUACCCUUUGGCUACACCUGCGUACGCAAUCUGUGAAUGCAUAACCACACGUUAAGGAAGUCAAACCCCCAAAUUUAGGCCAAUUUUAUAACUUUACAAUCUAAUCAGCACAAAAUAAAGAGUCUUGGGAGAUUUUAAAAGUAUACGACAAUCGCAGCCAUUUUUGAAAUUACAAGACAGUUUUUUCUUCUAGUCUAGAUUAAAUUACGAGUAAGGAAAAAAAGUUCCUUUUCGUCAUUGAUAGACAAGGGAAACACAUAACCGUGCAAAUCACGUUCCAAGCUUUUGGAAAUUGUUUAACGAACUGCCCUCUUUGGUUCGGUCAACGUUAUGAGAAAUAAGAAAAGAAUCAGGAGGAUUAAUUUUGGUAGACGGAGUAACGAAAACGGCAACGCUGGGAACAUUCAUACCAUAAUUAAGGAUGAAAGAUUACUCUGUUUGGCCAUAACUGGCGGAAUUGAUUGAAUGGCGCCUUAGCUUUUUUAAUACCCCAGUUUUUAGUACUGCUUGGUGCUAUAUAAGCCAAUCCUGGAAAACUCCAAAAAAACGCAGCUUGAUUCGAUGAAGAAGUCUCGUCUUUCAUCAUUCCGGCUCUUCCAACUUCUUCUUCUUCUUGCUCCUCUCUGCUGUACUAAUGUCAAAGCCUCUGCGAUGGAGUCACCAACGACCAAAUUCGUCCGCUGCCUCGCUGCUGCACUGCCAAAUGCCACUCUCUCUGAUAUUAUGUAUCAGCAAAACAAUCCCAAAUUCACAUCCGUUUUAGAUGCCUAUGUGAGGAAUCUCCGGUACAACACCUCCAAAACUCCUGAACCGGCCAUCAUCGUGACCCCAUUGACGGAAGACCAAGUCCCGGCGGUGGUUGUGUGCGCGAAGGAUGCCGGAAUCGAGAUCAGAAUCCGGAGCGGCGGACAUGACUACGAGGGGGUCUCUUAUGUCUCCAGCACUCCCACCUUUAUGAUUCUCGACAUGUUCAAUCUCCGGUCAGUCGACGUCACUAUUGACAACAAGGGAGCGGGGUCGGCGUGGGUAAGAGCCGGAGCCAUCCUCGGGGAGGUUUACCACGGGAUCUACAAGAAGAGCUCCGUUCACGGAUUCCCCGCCGGUGUCUGCCCGACCGUGGCCGUCGGCGGGCACCUGAGCGGCGCCGGGUACGGGAACAUGCUCCGGCAGUACGGGGUGUCGGUUGACCACGUGGUGGACGCGCGCAUAGUCAACGCGAGAGGGGAGAUUCUGGACCGGGCAGGCAUGGGGGAGGAUCUGUUCUGGGCCAUCCGCGGCGGCGGCGGCGCGAGUUUCGGAGUGAUCCUGGCGUACAAAAUCAACCUGGUUCCCGUGCCGGAGAAGGUGACGUAUUUCCGGGUGGAGAAGAUGGUGGAGGAAAACGGGACGGCCGUGGUGAUGGAGUUCCAGAAGGCGGUGAGCAGCAUGGACAGCCGGCUCUUCGUCCGCCUCCUGGUGCAGCCGAGCAAGGCGGCGGGGGGCCAGAAGACGGUCAAAAUCACGGCCAUCGCGCUGUUCCUGGGGAGCACCGGCGAGCUGGUAAGGGAGGCGAACAAGGAAUUGCCGUCUCUGGGACUGAAGGACACGGACUGCGCGGAAAUGAGCUGGAUCGAGUCGGUUCUGGAAUGGGCGAAUUACGACCACAAUACCACAAAACCGGAGCAGCUGCUGAGCCGAGAGGGGAAGGACCCAAUAAAGUUCGGGAAGAGGAAAUCCGAUUACGUGGAGGCGGAGAUACCCGAAGCGGGCCUGUGGAAGCUGUGGGGGAAAGUGAAGGAGGGAAAGGUGGGGAUGGUGUUCAACUCCUACGGCGGGAAGCUGCCGAAUAUCACAGCAGACAACGCAACGGCGUUCCCUCACCGGUCCGGGAUUCUGUUCAAAAUCCAAUACUCCGUGUCCUGGGAGGACGACACCGACACGGUGACGAACCUGAAGCAAGCCAAGGAUUUGUACGAGUUCAUGACCCCAUACGUGAGCUCCAUGCCCAGACGGGCGUACCUCAACUACAGAGAUCUGGACAUCGGCACCAACGAGGAGCACAAAUCCGAUGUGUUCGGCCCCAUGUACUUUCGUGACAACUUCAAGAGGCUGGUCCAGAUCAAGAAUCAGGUCGACCCUGAUAAUUAUUUCAAAUAUGAACAGAGCAUCCCCAUCUACUGAGUCAGAAUCCAUACCUCCAUUAUAAGUAUUGCGCAAUCACCUUCUUCUCGAUCGUUUAUCCUAGCUCCUCCCCCACGAUUCUUAUAUGGGAUUGGAUACCGGCCAUUUCCCCAUGCUUGCUUGCUAUAUUUUAUACUGAUGUAUGUUGUAUUUCUACACCUAAUGACGCUAUCAUACUCCAACGUUACCACACCCUUCAAUACAAAUGCUUUUUUCUAUUGUUAUAAAAUGUGCUUCAUUCUAACGGUUGAAUAUCUA